GCGUACUAAGCGCUUGCUUAGGGCCCCGCGGCCACCAGGGGGCCCCCAAAAGCAAUUAACAAAAAUGUCUUAUUUUUUAUUUUUUGCAUGUACGAGUCUGACUGAUGAUUUCUAAAUGAUCAAAGAUAUAUUAUUGUACAAAAACACAAUUUUAGGUCAACAGAGUGCUGCUGCUGAUCUAGGCCUAGUGAUUCUUCCUGCCUCUCUUUAAAUGUAAAACUGCGCCUCUGCUGCACCUGUGACGUUUGCCGCCCGCCGUGCAAUGCCAGUGCGCACUGGGCAUCAAAAGCGCAGAUAGAGGCAAAACAAUGUCACAAAAAAGGACAUAUCCUUCAGGUGCAGAAAAAAGGAAGAAGAAGAAAGUGGAAGAGGAGAAAAAAUGCCAUGAUAAAGGAGCAUUGUUAAAAUACUUUGGAGGCACAGAAUCAGCCCAGAGCCAGUCCACAUCCUCAGGCUCAACUGUGAGUGAUGAAUCAGGUCCAUCUCCAUCCUCUACAGUGCUCUCUCACACACCUCCACCCUCUGUGCCCACUGUCCCCUCCAUGUCUGAAACCACAGCUGAUUUAUCUACAACUUCCACCACAACGUCCCCUUCACACCAUGGACCAUCAUCAGCUCCGCCAGUUGACCCAGCUGAGUGGCCUUCUUUCCUCUCAGAUUCAGACAGGACUGAGCAGGUGAUCAGAGGACCACUGUCUAUUAAGGAGAACUUUUCAUUCCCCAAACGGCAUGAUGGCCGAAGUUUUCAUUAUCAUUAUACCUACAGACAGCUAGUCAAUGGAGAAAAAGUCAAGCGUAGCUGGCUGACUUAUUCAAGAAGUAAAGAUGCAGUCUAUUGCUUUUGCUGCAAAUUAUUUUCCAAAAAGUCCUAAAAACUGGCAGCCGAGGGACAGCGGGAUUGGGUCAACAUAGGUGCACUGCUGAAACAGCAUGAAAACAGUGAAGAUCAUUGUAGCAACAUGGUGAAAUGGAAGGAAUUUCCCUUGCGUCUUUCAAAGGGGAAAACUAUUUAGAAUUUAACUUCAGUAGACUGCGCUCUCUUUGUACAAAGUAAACAUUAAAUAUGAACAAUUAACUAAAAAUAUAAACUAGUAAUUAAAGACUAAUAUGUACAAGACUGAUGAGACAAGAUGACACUUUUACCGUAAAUGCAAAGCUUUAUCACUUGGACUGUUCAACCCCAGGCCACUCUUGUAGCUGAAUGUUUUCUACAUUUUAAGAUUAGGAACCAUAUGUGGCACUCUGGACAUCAUUCGUUCAUUCAUUGGUAUUAUUUAUGUUAUAAACUGGGCCACCCCCAUAUCUUUAUAAAUGACAUGUC